UUUCUCUUCUGUACUGGCCACUCUCGUCUGCGCGGCUCCGCGCGGCGCUCUCCAUUCCUCUCCGGCCACUCGAUCCUCCUCCGCCACCUCCCCCUCUCGCCGCCGACCACCGGCGCGUUAGCUUGGGAUCUUGGUCUAAUCGUCCGCCGCGCGAGCUCAUACCAUCGUUUUACUCCCAUCUGUGUCCUUUCCGGCGGCACCGCACGCCAUGCGCGCCACGUGUUCGCGCAAUUGCCUGGCCGAGCUGCUCCGCCGCCUUGGCCAGGUCCAGGCGCAGGGCCAACCGCGCUGCCCCUCCCAGCUAUCUUCCGCGCGCUCCAUGACGCGCGGCCGGAGCGUGAACGAGCGGAGCAAGAAGAAGCGCGUGAACGACCUCGAGGUGGUCAUCGAGCGCUGCAAGGUGGUCUCCAAGGUGCUGGCCGUGGUGGACGCGCUCAAGAUGGAGGAGGAGCACGUCACCCCUCUCAAGCGCCUCGAGAUCCUGCGCCCGCAGCUCGGGCUCGCCAAGCCGCACAAGGUCGCCCACUUCGUGCACAGCUCGCCGCAGCUCUUCGAGGUCUGCCGCGACAGCCGCGGCGUCAUGUGGGCCGGCCUCUCUCCGCCGGCUGAGGCGCUCGUUGAGGAGGAGGCGCGCCUGCUGGAGGAGCACUCCCCCACGGCCGCAGAGUACGUGACCAGGCUGCUCAUGAUGUCGGUGCAACGGCGCCUGCCCGUUGACAAGAUCGCGCAUUUCCGGCGUGACAUGGGGCUUCCUCAUGAUUUCCGGGCACGGUGGGUGCACAUGUUCCCUGAGCUCUUCAGGUUGGUUACACUGGAGGAUGGCGACUACUUGGAGCUUGUUUCCUGGAACCCAAACUGGGCGGUCACUGAGCAUGAGAAGAAUAUGGCAGCACUGGCCGGUAACACCAAUGCCAGUUCCAAUGCUAGUACACCAGGAGAGCUCUCUCUUCCAUUCCAGAUGAAGUUCCCACCAGAUUUUAAAAGUUACUACAAAUUUAGAGGAAAAGCUCAUCACUAUGUGAAAACCGGCAAUACCGAGCAGUUUCAGAAGACAACCUACCUGUCCCCUUAUGCAGAGGCAAAAGAUUUGACCCCUGGAUCUCAUGAGUUUGACAAGAGGGCAGUCGCGGUGAUGCACGAGAUACUGAGCUUCACAUUGGAGAAGAGGCUGGUAACUGACCACCUGACGCAUUUCCGUCGUGAGUUUGUUAUGCCACAGAAGCUGAUGAGGUUGCUACUGAAGCAUUAUGGUAUUUUUUAUGUGUCUGAGAGGGGGAAGCGGCUGAGCGUGUUCUUGACAGAGGCAUAUGAUGGGACAGAGUUGAUAAAAAAGGCUCCGUUGGUAAGGUGGAGAGAGAAGGUCCUUCGACUUACUGGUUACAGAGGAAAAAACAAGAAUAUUGGAAAAGUUCAUGAGUCGUCUGAUUCUGAGCACUGUUUGUUUGGUGCGAGCUCAUCAACAUGUGACGGUGGUAGCAGUGAUGACGAUGGUGCUGAUACUAUAUUGCAUGUCGAAAGUGAAGAUUCAGAUGAUUUCUUGGAUGAUGGCACUCUUACAGAUGAUGGUGAGAUGGAUGAUGUUGACAUGGAUGAUGGUCAGAUGGAUGAUGCUGGGAUGGGUUUUUUCUAGGGAGAAACAUGUUGAGAUGGUUUUAGGAGAUGUAAGUGAUUAUGCAGUGUCAGUGAAAUCCAGUUAGUAGCCUACUAGCCUAACAUAAUGAACACUUAUGUUUUUUCCAUUUCCUGAACAUUAAGCUUACAAGCGAGUAGGAAGGUUUCAUAUGCGAGCUUGUUUAGGGAUUUCCUGGCUGAUGUUUGAUGAUAUUGUGGUCAAUGAUCCAAACAUGACUGGAUAUCCUGGAAAGUCAGCGCUGCAGGAUCUCAUAACAUCUACCCCCUGUCUUGAGCAACCAUGGUGCUGCUGUUGUUUACUACCUGAUGUCGAAGGUGGACUUUGAAUACCGGAAAGCAUGGAUGAUUGGCAUUGAUAUGAAAACAAAGACUCUGCAAGGGAUUGGCCUUGCUUUCCACCAAUAGAUCCCUCUAUUCCAGUCCUGCCUACCAUGCAUGUUCACUCUCUGGAUAUCUGGACAAGACUUCAAGUAAUUCUAUUGGGGCUUACUCUUUACAAUGCCGGUACUCGUAGGAGUGCCUGCUCUUAGUCCUUUAGUUGACCAGUCGUGUUUUUUCAGCUCAUGUAUCAGUAUUGACGUAUUUGGGCUGGAAUAUUUUGUUCUGCACCGUUUGUGGUUGUUCAUCUACUAGCGGUGGAACCUGAGUAGGAACCAUGUGUUUUAAUGCACAUUUGCUUGUAUGAUAAUUUGAUCUCAACCAGAUUCGUCAUAACAGACGUAAGGUUAGCCAUAUCAUAUUGCUGUAAAACUGCCUGCAUCGAGUGAUAAUUCCGUGCUGAUUAGUGUAGUUUUUCA